AUGUAUACUGUUAAAAUAAAAUUCGAGAAGAACAAGAAGAAGAAAGCACGAAAGGAGGUGGCGGCGCAGUUGAACUCCGAUAUCCUAUCAGAAACCCUGUCGAGACUCCGUGUGAAAGAUCUUUUAAGAUUCAAAUGCGUUUGCAAAGAGUGGCACCACCUUAUUUCCAGACGAGAAUUCAUCAAACUCCAUCUCGAAAAUUCAAUUUACAGACCCAUCCUUCUCAAUAAAUCCUCCUUCGUUGCGUGCCCUCGUUUAUUCCCUCCACCCGAUGCCGCUAACUAUGACCUGGAGUCAACCACUAAUUUCACCAACAUGGUGUUCGCGGGCAGUUCGUGCGACGGCUUAGUGUGUUUGCUCAACGACGAGCACGGAAUCAUUCACAUAUGGAAUCCACCUCUUCGCUCGCAUGCAUGCAUCCCGAUAACGAAACCCCGCGGUUAUAUCAGAUGCUUCUGGUUCGGACGACACAACGACGAGUACAAGAUCCUUCUAGGGACUCAUAAUUGGGGGGACGCUCGAAUACACCUCAUCAGGCCGUACAACGACGAUGGCCAUUGCAGUUAUAAAUCUUCGCAUGAGUUGAGGAAUAAUUACCACUAUCUUUACGACACGAUAGGAACCCUUUCCAACAGUAAUGUGCAUUGGGCUGCAGUGAGCAGGCGGGUCCCACUCCCACCGCAUGUUUCGAUUUUUUCGUAUGAUUUAGUGCACGAGAGUGUGGGAGAGGUGCCGAUACCAGAACAUAUGCGGGGGUCGUCGUCUCUUACAGAAUUUAAACUCGGAGAAACAAAUGGAUGCCUUUCUUGUCUGCUUAAGCGUCUUAGCAGUACCGACGGUGUUAGUUACGAAAGUGAGCUUUGGGUGAUGAGAGAGUAUGGGGUGGAAGAAUCUUGGACGAAGGUCGGGAUUUCUCCUUUAGAUCGAUUAUAUUCUUCUUCUUCCUAUGAGAGUAGUUUACGUACUCGGGUUCCACAAGUGGAACUCGAUCAACCUGCAAGAAUCAGGUCUCCUUUUUAUACGAAACAAGUGUACGUUGAGAGUCUCGUUUCGCCUAGACAAGGGGCACGUUGCGAUCAUAGUCGUUUUUGUUGCUCCGGAUAA